CAUCAAGUUCCACUUCCAAUACUAAGAAAGGCAACUUGGAAGGACACCCAAAUGAAACGCUGAUUAACCCGCAGCUCGCACAAGUAUACAAUUACGGGGCAGUUUCUAGGUCGUUAAGUUUCUUUCUACAUUUUGCGCGCGACAGUGGUUAUAAUCUCAUUCGCUAUUUCAAUUCUCUCUUCUUCUCAUCGUUCCACGCCACAUCUUCUUCAAUGUUCCACAACAACAAUAGUGUAUCGAUCUCUGUCUCAGACGACGAAUCCGAUGAACUGGGUCGCAUGCGAGUCCGUGCGCGACGGAAGCGCAGAAAACUCGGUCACCGACGAUGGCUCAGGAAGCUACUCCUCAGAUACUGGAUGCUACUAAUCAUUAUUCCAGCUGCGUGUUUGCUCAUAUUCGAAGCUUCUAGAAUCGGUCGAAAGCCUAGUUUAAACGUGAACUCUGAGAUUGAAACACGCAACAAUCAACUUCAUAGAUCUAAUCCCGCAUUGGUGAAAGAGCCUCACAGUAACUUGAAUCGCCUUGAUCCUACAACUCAUGUUGUUGGUGGUGUUAGAGAACGUUGCUUGAAGCUUCUACCACCUGAAAAGCUAGAGCGUCUUGAUAUUCCCGAGGAAGAGGAAUCUAAUUUUCCUGUUGGUGAGGUUUUGUACAUAUCAGAGAGUGACGCGUCUUUUGUAGGAGGGAAUGUUACGUUGUCUCAAUUGCGUACUGAAGACACAAGGUUUAAUUUGUUUACUGGAAAUCAAACGUUUGAGCAGAGAGAUAAAAGUUUUGAGGUGUCAGAAACUACGAUGGUACAUUGUGGGUUCUAUAGUGUGAAUGGAGGGUUUAAGAUAUCUGAUGAAGAUACGAGUUACAUGCAAGGUUGCAAGGUAGUGGUGUCUACUUGUGCGUUUGGUGGUGGAGAUGAUCUCUAUCAACCGAUUGGGAUGUCGGAGGCUUCGCUUAAGAAGGUUUGUUAUGUAGCAUUCUGGGAUGAAAUUACGCUAAAGGCGCAGGAAUUAGUGGAGCGCAGGAUUGGGGAAAAUGGAUUUAUUGGAAAAUGGCGUGUUGUCAUUGUUCGAGAUCUUCCUUUUGCUGAUCAAAGGUUGAAUGGUAAAAUUCCCAAGAUGUUAAGCCAUCGCCUUUUUCCUGAAGCAAAAUACUCUAUUUGGGUGGACUCCAAGUCCCAAUUUAGGAGAGAUCCACUAGGUGUGUUGGAAGCACUCCUUUGGCGCUCAAAUUCUAUACUUGCCAUAUCAGAACAUGGAGCUCGCAGUAGUGUCUAUGAUGAGGCUAAGGCUGUCGUCAAGAAGAACAAAGCCAAGCCAGAGGAAGUUGAAGUGCAACUGAAUCAAUACAGGAAAGAUGGCUUGCCUGAAGACAAGAGAUUUAAUGGAAAAAAAGCUCUAUGUGAAGCCUCUGUUAUUGUGAGGAAGCACACACCGCUAACUAAUCUAUUGAUGUGCGUCUGGUUUAAUGAGGUGGUUCGCUUCACUUCUAGGGAUCAGCUUAGCUUCCCUUAUGUCCUGUGGCGGCUGAAAGCAUUCAGAAACAUCAAUACGUUCCCUGUCUGUACCCGCAAGGAUCUUGUCAAUAGCAUGGGACAUAUCCGCAAGGCCAAACCUUUGCAAAUCUCAUUUAAUUAAACUGGUUGAAAGCAGUGCCUACCUGCAUUUGUCUAACUCAUUUCUUAUUUCAUUAGUUUCCUUAGCCAAUCCGAAUCAGGUAUAAGUGCUGUUUUUCUAACCCCAUCCCCCUCUACUGUUAUUACCGGUGGAUGGUUAUAAUUUGUAUUUAUCAUUUACUGUGAGCUCUUUGAUUAGGUAAUUUCAGAAAAGAUCUAGUUCAUGGAAAGGCAAAUCAAACGAGAUUUUGCUUUGGACUUGAUUCCCAACACAAAUUUCUGUAAUAACACCAAUGUUUCAUAAAUUAUGAGGUUGCCGUGCCCAUUAUAUAUAGUGAAAAUACAUAAACGCAACCAUACGUAGUUGUUGGAAUGCAUCUCUCCUGUCAGACAUGUAGCAAUUACUGCAGGGGCAGCUGAUGAUGGCAAGGAAAAUGGUCAUGUGAGACAUACAAUGAAACAGUUGGCCUGUGCAAAGCU